AUGGCUGCUGCAGGGCAGAAAGAUCAGAAUAAAGCCGGUAAGAACUUUGACAUGGGCAGUAUGAAUGCCUUGCCAAAUGUUGAUCUAGCCAGCGGUAUAUUCGAGGCCCCUGGAGCUAUCCAACCUGAAGCCCAAAUGACCAAACCAGUGUCAGUUACUGGUGGUCCUCUCGAUAAGCUGGCAAGUGGAGGCAGUACCGCUGGUGAAAAGCAGAAGUCUACAAGUAGGACACAAGAAGUAGUUGGCAGCGAUAAGAGCUGGAGCAUUGGCCGCAAACUAAAAGAUACAGCAGGAGCCAGCGCUAUGAUACUAUAG